UGCUGGCACAAUUUGUGUCUAUUUUUGGACGUCGGACGGAUGUAUGUGUGUGUGAUCUGUGAAUUUAGGUCGAAGUAGGUUAAAAUAGGGAAGUUUCAUGAAUGCUGUGGCAAAAUUAUGUCAAACGAAAUGAAAGACUUUUCUGCCACAUCCCUUGACCAAUCCUCGCUUUCCUCCCUUGACCAUGGUUCAGUGAACAUGUCCUCAGAGGGCAUGAUGCAGAUCAUCCCACCCCCAGCGGUCAGCGUGAAUAAAUCUCCACAUCGAGGUCCACUGGACAAUCUCAAAAUGAUGCCAGGCUCUGAUGGCCACACAGAAAAUAUGAUUCAUGGCAGCCCCCCUCAGAAAGCCAAACUGGACAGCAGUCGGAAACCCUCAGAGACCACCAAAGCUCAGAUCGAGGUCAUUCCCUGUAAGGUGUGCGGGGACAAGUCCUCAGGUGUGCACUACGGGAUUAUCACCUGUGAAGGCUGUAAGGGAUUUUUUCGUCGAAGUCAAGCAGGUCCGGUUAAUUAUCAGUGUCCUAGAAACAAAAACUGUGUCAUUGAUCGAGUGAACCGGAACAGAUGUCAGUUCUGUCGCCUUCAGAAGUGCCUGGCACUAGGGAUGUCUCGGGACGCGGUGAAGUUUGGUAGAAUGUCGAAGAAACAGAGAGAAAGGGUGGAAGAUGAGGCAAAUUAUGUAAAGCAGUCACGCAUGAACGGGUACGAUACCACGUGUGGAAUGCCUCCUAGCAACAACAACAAUCAGUUUUCUAUAUACAAUGAUUGUCACCUGAUGUAUACCUCUAAUGGCUACGCCUACACCCUCCCUUCUCCAGCAGCCUCGGAGAGUCAGCCAGAAACCCCCGUCUCCCCGGAACCCCCUGCCUACAGCUCUCCCCAAGUCACCUCUCAGCCCCAUCCGAUCGCUCUCCUGAGGGCCGUGGAUCUGAUGGAUCCAGUGAUGCUUGGGAAGGCUGUGACGGAGGCUCACAUGAGGACGUGUCUAUACACUAAAGACCAGAUAGAGCAUAUUAAAUCCAGCAUGACCCCUCAGGACAUUAUAGAGACCUUCAAAUCUAUGACGCGGAGCCAGUUGUGGGCAGAGGUGGCAGAGAAAAUUACGAUUGCAGUGCAACAGAUUAUCGAGUUCGCCAAAAUGCUGCCGGGAUUCAUGGACCUUUCUCAGGACGAUCAGAUCAUGCUGCUGAAAGCAGGGAGUUUUGAGCUGGCUUUAAUCCGAGCCUGUCGUGUGUAUGAUGAACAGAUGAACAGCAUCGUCUUUGGAAAUGCCGUAGUACCUCUUUCAAUCUUCUCUGCGUUCAAUGAAGAGGAGUGCCAUUUACGGGAGCGAGUAUUUGAGUUCGUUCGGACCAUAAUGCACAUGAAGCUGACAGAGAGUGAGCUGGCGUUAUUUAGUGCUGUCGUGUUAAUCAGGGCAGAUCGCCCUGGAUUGAAGGACAUUGCCGAUGUACAGAAACUGAACGAGAAGGUUCUGACAGCAUUAAAACAGGAGUUAAGUAAAACCCACACAGACGAGAACCUCCUGACGCGUUUAAUGCAGCUGACAUGGAGUCUACGGCAGCUCAGCUCGCAGCAUAUAGUGCUUCUUAAUAAAUACAAACAGGCUAAUCCCGAUGUAGAGUUCCCUGCCCUUCAUAAGGAACUCUUCAGUGUGGAAGGUUUGGAAGGUUCAUAGAGUCCUUUCUGAAAGAAUCAACAUUGUUCAUUGAGGAGAGUGGGUUUUUUUUUCUAAGUCGACAACACAUUGCUUAUGUUGUUUGAUGUUUCAAACAGAGUUUUAAGAUUCGUGUCGUGCUUUGUUUGAAUUUUAGGGACAGCAUUGAAAUAAACAUCCUUUUUUAUGGAUGGUAUGUAUGUCAUUUGAAAAAAAAAAUAUAAGAAAAUAUGGUCAUAUUUACAUAUUUAGUUAUGAUUGUUUUUACAUCCGAUUUUGUGCAUGUAGCAUGCUCACUAUUGUAACACAUCGCAUCUAUACGGAGAGAAGUUAAUUCUUAACAUUGGGCCAGUUAGAAUUAAUUGAUAGAUUAUCAUCACCACCCGCCCCUCAAAAAAAAGGGCCCACCCCGAUUUUUUUUAUUUUCGCAAAAAUUACGAUUUCAAACAAUCUUGCUUCCCAGUGAUUAAAGUCACAGAAUGUUGGUUUUGUAUCUUCUACCAAGGAUUCCUUGAAUGUUAACUUGAUUAACACUUUGUGUGGUGCCUUCUGUCAUUAAUUUUUUUUUCUCGGGAAAUAUAAAUUAAAAAAUAAAAUCCUCCAACCCGCCCCAUAUUUUUUUUUUUGUGACCCCAGAUGAUAAUCUACUAAUUAAGUUGAAUUUGCCUUACAAAAGUUUCUUCUGAUUAUUGCCCAGUUCUAGCAGUGUAUCGGGGAAGCUCGUUAUGAACAAGUCGUGAUGAACAGUUCUAAAUCAGCAUAUAAACUAUAAAUGUUCAAGUCGUUAAAGAAAUUUUUAUUGUUGUGAACAGUUUGUAGCAAACACGAUGGAGAGAGAAAAGUUUAUUGUGAAUACAACUUGUAUCAUUGCAAAUUUGGAAAUUGUAGAAGAAGAAAAAAUGAAAUAGAAUUAUAUCGUGGCAUGAGUUGGCCGGAGAAACUCGGUGACGGCUGUUGUGUGGGAAACAAUAUGUUAUGAUUUCUUUCCCGCAACUAAAAUGAUUUUUAUCUAUAUCAGUAUUUUUUACUUUUUAAGAAGAACGCAUUACAUGCAGAGUACCAACAGGCUUCCAUUUCAGAUCUGAAAAUUUAGAACAUUGAAUUUUCAAGUGAGAUGCAGUAGUGAGUUGAAGUAUUGAUUUAGUUUAAGGAGUCAAUUUAAGCCCCUUUAUCCCCCUCAGGAAAUAUUUUAAUGAUAUAUGAUGUGUUUUUUUUGUUGGUUUUUUUUUUUUUUGUGAAGGAAAAACUUGUUUAAUGCAGGAAUCAAAAGAAGCUUGUUGUUUUAAGUUUUGUGUCUGAAUUUUUCACCUUAUUUUGGGAUGAGAAAGGGUGAGUCUAUCUGCCCGUGUUUCUCAAUGUUGUUUCUGAUGUUCUUUGUGUGACGAUCACCAGCGUUUGAAAUAUUCUGUGUUAGUAAAACGAAUUUCUAUCAGAAAGCUUUCAAUUUACACAUCACAGAAACAAAUUGUAUUUUUUUUUAAUGCACUAGUUUGACAAUUUUAAAAGUAUUAUUUUUUUUUUUUUAUUAGGACAUUUUUGAGUGGGUUUUUUUUGGGGGGGGAUAUUGACUUGCAUAAAGUUUAGGAAAGAUCUGUCAAACUGGAUGAGUAUUAUUCAUAUUUACAGAUAGCAUUUUUCUUUUAUAUAGCUGAGAAAGGAUAUAUAUAUAUAUAAUUGAAGCAUUUUUAAGAAUAUAUACAUGAAGCUGUGCUUGAAUUUUGAAUAUUUUUGUUGUGAAAACUAGUACCUCUAACUGGUCGCCAUAGUAAUGAUUCAGUACAUAUUAAGAUUUAAUUUUCAGGCCAAAUAAUUUUAAAAUUCAGCUCAACACUUCAACAUUUUCAUUUAAACAUAUGCAGUAGAUAAUUUUCGUUCUUUUAAAAAAAAAUUACCCCCCCCCCCCCCCUCUUGCUUAUCGUGUACUUCAUGGAGCAACAUGUUAACAUUCAUUCUGGGAUUUCUUGAAAAAAUCUCUAACUAAGUUUAGGUUUAACUUUUAUUUGAGCAGUCAAAAUUUCAAACUUAAGUCCAAGUUUCGACUUAAGUUUCUUUCGAGAAAUCAAGGCCUGAAUUCCCUCCUCUGUAUCAAUGUGACUAAGCUUUAAAUCUAUUCGUGUGUGUUACAGUGAAUUCAAUAUUUAGUCAGAUUAGCAUUGUUGUGAAGCGUUUAUUAAGGAGGAAAAGGGGGGGGGGGGUGAUAAAUAGAAACUUUAAGAAAAAUAUGGAAUAUUUUAAAUGAUUGAUAAUGACCUGUACAUACUUUCCUCCUUGGAAAGUGAAGUGAAGUUUGGACAGAGAGCUCAAGUAAUUGCUUUAGAAUCAAAAAUACGACUUUGAUAUUUUGUUUGUAAUAUAAAGGGAACAUUCUGGAUUUUUUUGUUCUUCUCUUGUUCACAAGUUUCCCACAACCACAAGACUUACGUAUUGCACUGUGCCAAAUUUUAUUUCACUCUAUCCCUUAGCCACCAAGUGGAAUAUUUUUUUUUUUUAAUUAUUUUUUUAUGUAUUUUUUUUUCUUUUUUUUUUUUGGUUGAAAGAUACCCAUAUUGCAAUAAAAGUUUUAUACUGUACCUUUCCAACAAAAUUGGAGGCGAGUCCCAUGGACAUAGAUUAUUAAUGUAAGAGUUGUCUCUCUUGUCAGAGGGGUGUUUGAAUGGUAGGAGUUUUUGAUUGACUUUCCCUCUUCGAUUUACACUGAUAUCUAAAAGGAUGGUUAAAUUCAGGGAACUAUCCUUCACUACGUUGACACAACAUUUGAUUUAUCGGUAUUUCUGCAUUUUGUUUCUCUACGAUAGAAUGAGAAUUCCUGUUGGGAAGGGUUUUGGACACUUAUUUCACUAAUGACCACCAUUUCUCAGAAAUGAAAGGUUUUUUUUUUUUGUUCUUGUCACUUUCAAAUGAUUGUAGAUAAUACCAAAUAGUUGUCAGAAGCGAUGGAAUUGGCUGACAUUAAUUAUACAUAGUUUCAGAUAAUUGUAAAUAAUUUCAGAUAACUGUAGAUAAAUUAGCCUGGGAUCUUCACUGGUACCUUGAUUUUGUUUUCUGUUUGGAGGAUGACUAACAUGAAGUAUAAACAGAUUUAUAGUUACACUGGUACCGGUUUUCCUGUGGAAAUAUUGAAGGUUGUUUGAUGAAAUGGGCAGCAGCACAGCAGAGUACAUUUAGUUUGUUAAAUAAAGUAAUACAUUGUUAAAAGGUGAUCGUGAUGAAAAAAUAUUGUGGCGUUGAUGUUGUUUUCAGAGGAGGGUUGCAGAAUAUCCUAAGGUUUAUAAAUUUCAAACAAUGGCGUUUUUGUUAUACUUCUUUAUUAUUUGCUGUUGAUUUGUUAUGUGCAUGGUGUUUUGUUACAAACUGCAUUUUUUAUCCCUUUUUUUUUUUUUGUUGGUCAAAUCAGUUGUGUACACAAUGUGUAAAUAUGUACAGUGUAUACCCCCCAAAAAAACUACAGACUAUACCAAAAUCAUGUGUCAAUAUUAUUUUCACUUCGUUAGUCAAUGUUAGCCACAUGUCUUAUUCACUUACAAAUUAUUGUUUUAAUUAACAUCAUUUGAUAAUUGACAUGUUCGUGGCAAUUUAUGUGUCCAAGAAAUUUUACAUUCUUAAUUUUACCAGGAAGCAAAAUUGAUUUUUAAGAGAAAACAAUCAUUUAAGGUCAUAGGAUACCACGAUUUUGGAUAAAAUGAAGUCGGAUUUUGCCGAGUUUACAUGGGAUUUUCUAUUAUUAGAUGAAGCAACAUUAUAUAAAUAACACGAAAUGCAUCAAUUUAAAAAAAAAAUUUAAAAAUUUUGACAAUGUACAUUUUUCCAUUGAAUUUUUAACUAAAGAUUGGUGUGAAUUUGGCAAAAAUAGAUGUGGCUUCAUCGAAAAAAUGUUGUGUUAAAUAUGAGUUUUUAGCAAUACAAAAACAUUUACAAAUAGUUUUACAAACUUUUAUAGUAAUUUUCUAGGGGUAUCCUGUGUCCUUAAAAAUAGGUUUAGACCUAUUACGUUUCCAUGGUGAUAUAUUAGCUUAUUAGAAGAUCCACGUUUCGGGGUCUUGGAUAUUUUGUUUGCCACGUUUAUUAAAUGCGAUCGUUCAUCAGUGUCCUACUGGCCAUGUUAGAUUUCUCGUACAUUAGACUGGGAAUCGGGCAUAGGUUUCUUCUUAAGUCAUUCAGAUACAGGUUUGUUUAAAAAAAAAAGCUUUCAUUACACACACACACAUGUAUAUCUGUUUAACAAAAUCUGAUGAAAUGUAUGAAUUGUAAUUACUGUCUGAUGCAAUCGGAUCAAGAUCGUCCUUUUCCGUAAGCGGAUUGCGGUUACGGAAAUAGCCGAGUAGUUACGAUUGUGUGCGGUGAUCAGGCCUGUGGACUUGAUGUAGUUUUGUACUAAUGAAGGUACAGCCACUAUAACACGGUGGAAAUGUAUGAUGUACCUGCAUGUAUUAUGUAUUUCAUAUUUUUACAAAAUCUCACUAAAUCAAGGGGUUAGACAAGGAGCAUGCAUAUUCGCGGGCAAUUUGUUGCAAACAAAUAUUUUUGCCUCUAAAAUUGAAGAGUUCCAUUGUAGUGUGUUGGAUAAUUGUACUAUUAGUACUAUAGUAACUUGUGACAUUUACAGUACAAUCUGAAGUGCCUUACAAGUGGUUAAAAUUUUAAUUAGAUGGGGUUUUUUUAAUUGCCCAGCAUAUUUAGAGGGAUAUUUAGCUGUCUGUCAGUUUUGUUAAUAUCAACUUUGUUUGCAGCAAAUACCCUCAGGUUACAAGGUGCAGUAAAAGUCUGUGUAAUUAUUUACCAAUGAUUCUGUUCAUUUAAACUUUAAAAAAAAUUCUGUUGAUUUAGGGGGACAAACAGUGUUGUUGGUUCUGUGAAAUUAAAUUCCUCAUUCUUACGAAAUGUUUAGGAAUGUUUUUAUUUUGGUGUAAAUAGCUCUAUUGCGGUGUUGUAGGGUGUGUAAAUCCACUGCUUUUGUGAGCCAAUUCGUGCUUAGAAAUGAUACAGAGAGCCUGUCAAUUCAAGCAUUGGACUUUUAUUUUCGCUAAGUUUAUUUUUAUAAAAGUUAGGAAAUAAAAACCAAUUGGACACACUAAACUUACAGAUCAAACUUACAGAUCAAUUUCAUAAAGUGCUGAAGCCAUCGCCCCGCCCCCCACCCCGCCCCCCUAGACUUGCAUUUGCUCAUCAUUAAAACUUCACGGCAUGUUGUCUUGUCCGGUAUCAUUGGGCGUCUGAGGACUGUUUAUCAGUCAGCAACACAUGAAAUCAUAUUUUCAUAACACAUUUAUCCAAUGAAAUAUUUUUUUUCGUGAUUUACAUGAUAAAAAUGUUAUAUAUAUAUAUAAAUAUAUGUAUGCUGUACAUUGAUGUAUCUCAUUGAUUUAUUAAAUAAACAUCAGUGUACGAUAA